AUGACAUUCAAAAAGGAACUCUGGGAUCUAGUGGCCACAGUCAUCAGAGGUGGGCCAGGCCUCUACUGCUCCUUAGAGGAAGAGGGAAUAGAAGUCAGAGUCUCUUUGCCCUGGGAUAUGGAUGUGGACCACACGCUGCAAGUGAGAGUUAGUAGUAUGAGAUUUGGGAAGUGGCAGUGGGUGGAAUUAGCAGCGAAGCCUAAUUUCUGUCAUGUGUCCCCAGUGCCUCCCUAGGUGACUGUGCUUUCAAACAGCCCUGUGGAACGGGGAGAGCCCAACAUUCUCAUAUGUUUCAAAGACAAGUUCUCCCCACCAGUGAUGAAUGUCACAUGGCUUCGAAAUGGAAACCCUGUCACCACAGGAGUGUCAGAGACCAUCUUCCUACCCAGAGAAGACCACCUUUUCUGCAAGUUCCCCUAUCUCCCUUUCCUGCCCUCAGUUGAGGAUGUCUAUGACUGCAAAGUGGAACACUGGGGUUUGGAUGAGCUUCUUCUCAAGCACUGGGAGUUUGAUGCCCCAACCCACCACCCAGAGACAACAGAGAAUGUGGUGUGUGACCUGGGCCUGGUUGUGGGUCUGGUGGACAUCAUUGUUAGGACCAUCUUCAUCAUCAAGGGCAUGCACAAAGUCAAUGCUGGUGAAUGCCGAGGGCCUCUGUGA